UGGGUGGGGGUUGUUAGGAAACUACUAAUAAAUACAAUGUGCACGGGGGAGUUGCAGCCAAUUGUGAAAUAUUUGCAUACGAAGCAGGAGCUGUACACUUGUAGCGGGCCAGAGACUUGUAGAGCUGCAGAAACUUGUAGAGUGCCAGGAGGAGCUGACCUUGAAAGCGAACAAGUGAAAAGAAGCAAAUGACAUCAAUGGCUCUGCCGGGUACCAAAGUCACGGUCGUCGCGACAUCCACGCACGCGGUUGUGCAGGCCCUCGAAUCGUAUAUUCAAAAUCAGAAUUUGCAAGGAGAUAUCGCCGAAUUGGAUGACAUGCUGUACGAUCUGGUGGACAUGCACAAGGACAAUGAGUUGGCCUUGAAAAAAGUCCUGCAGUGCAUGUAUAACUUAAUGCAGGCCAACAGCAAGUGGAAUGUUCGAUUCGGCGCAAAAGUGUUUCACAAGCUUGUGGCCGUGGUGAUAUGCGCCAACAGUGAGGACACAGCCUCCCGCAGGCAACUGGUGGCAAAUGUGCUCGUCUGCGUGCAGCUGCAUCAGCGAAAGCUUUCCGGCUCCGACGGGAAGUAUCUGCUCGAGCAGCUUUGGUGUCUCAGCUUGAGUCGCGACCGUCAGCCAUAUGUGGCGCAAAUUCUGCUCCAUCUCUUUGACGACUUCCUGGCCAAGCUGGGCAUCCCAUUUUGCCAGAAGCUUUUGGACGUCAUCAUGAAUCUGUUGCAGUCGGACAUGCGUGAGGACCGCCGGUCUGCCUGCUUUGUCAUGCGAAAGAUCCUGCUGGUCGAUGAGGCUCAAACUCGCGUGGGAGGGCCCAGGAUACUCGGCCCACUGAAGUGCUGCGAUAGGCAGUGGUCCGCCUAUGUGGACAUUAUGGAGAAUCUAGAGGAGCAGCAGUCGCACCUGGUGCUGCCCACGCUGAGUACGCUGCUGCCACGCCUGGCCCUCAAGUCCCCUGAAGUGGUUGACACCUGGGCGCGCUGGUUGCGCAUCCUGUGCAUUCGUCUCUUGCAGGAAAACAAUAUUCUGGUGCUGAAAUGGAUACUCAAAUACUUUCUCACCCAGCUGAGCCUCUACUGGCUAAACAGUUAUGGUCUGGUCUACGAGUUCCUGGCGGCCACCAACCGCACGCAGCUGUUCAACUGGGAGGCCAAAGGCCACAUGUCGGAGAAGCAAACAGUGGACUUUAUUGGUUGUCUGAGCGUUGAGCCAUUAAUACAGCCACUGGUACAGGUUCCCUGGCACUGUGUUCCACUGCUGCAUUGGUUGCGCUGCAUACGUCCAGAGCAGAUGCCAACUGUGGCCAAGGAGUUGCUCUUCAAGCUAUGCGCCCGAGUGCGCAUCCUACAGAAUCCCACACUGAGAGUGUUGGUUAUCGAGCGGCUGGUUUUACUCUUUCAUCACACAAUUGAAGGUCUGACUCUAGGCGAUUAUAUGAUCUAUGUGGAGACGCUAUACAAUACCAGCGAUGCUUAUUUGGAUCACGCUCGCUUGACGCACAAAAUCACCAAUUGCCAAAACUUUGGGGUCCAUUUGCCGUACUUCAGCAAGCGUUGCUACGACAUUAUAGCGGAGCACAGUCCAAAUGCCAAUCUCUUGCAUGCAUUUUUAGUGCAAUUAAAAGGCGUACCCAAGGCACAGCACGGCUGGUGGCGCCUUGUGCCCGUCUUCCUAGGCGGCGACUUCUCCGAGAUCCAUGAGGAGUACGCGUUCUACUAUUCCCUGUAUGGUUUUGAUCCUUUGUUGACCAAACCCGGGGCCAUGAGCCUCGAGAAGAUGCAGGAGCAUUUGAUCGAUAGAUUCAACUGCGAGUCGCGGGAGGAGAAGUCGUACGUGCUUGAGCAAUGUGUGGAUCUCUAUGUGAGAACCAACUUUAAAAAUUGGGCACAGAUCGAACAGGCCAAGCUACGACCCCUGGAUCUGUUGGACAGGGGCACCGAUGAGACAUUUUCCCGUCUCUGCUGGCUAUUGGCCUGCCAGCGAGAGCGAUUGCCAGACGAUGCCGUCAUCUUGCCAGCUCUGGUAGCCCGUUUGGCCAUUUGCAACCGAGUCAAGGCCAAUUCCUAUGUUCGUUACAUCCUCAAGUAUGCAAAUGCCUAUUUGCCGCAGGAAGAAUAUGAGAAAUUCGUAAAGGAUUUGCUGCACCAGCGGCCGAGUUGCCUCGAAGCGUUCGAGAACUUUACAUUGCCGAUGCCCCUGGUCCUCGGACAACUGCUCAAUGGAGAGACAAGCACAGGAGAUGCACGCAUUGAGGCUGGCGAAAUCUACCGCAUUGCGCACAUCUUUGACGAGAAUGCUUUUAGUCGAUCGAGAUUUUUGAGCACCGCAUUCCAUCUGCGCGACGACACACGCGACGUGAACGGACUGUUCCAGGAACUGCUCUGGACCAACAAGGAGCUGUCGGCGAAGAAGCCGCGCUAUUUUGAGAACUCCAAGGAGCACAGAACCAAAAUGCGCAUCUGCAAGGCUCUGCUCUUUCUGGGCUCACCCGAUCUUGUCAAGUGGUCGGAUCUACUGUGGGAGGCACUGCUGUGGUCCAAUGAUCAACUCAAUAUAAGCUACAUGUUCGAGUGUCUCGUGUCCAAUAUGUUGCCAAGCAUUGAGCCACUGCUGGCCAAGUUGUCGCUGUUCCAGGACUUUUCGCCUGGGCAACAUAUGUCGCUCACUAGCGUGGCCCAUCUGUACUGCAUGGCCAAAUGGGAAAGCCUAAAGCCAGAGCAGUUGGAUGCCAUUUUUGCAGCACUCUUGCCACUCACCAUGGGUUCCCACUUUCAAACGCGUGUGCUGGCCCAAUUGGUGCUGCACAGGCUGGCGGAAAAGUGCGAGAAAAGCGGCAUUGUUAUGCCCAUGGCCGUGGCCCUAAAGACCUCGAUAGAAGCGACGUUUGGCAAGAAGUUCGCUGAGCUGCGAAAGGAGCCACGUCUCGUGCUGUCUCUUAUAAUGACGAGUCAGCAUUUAAGUCCCUGUUUUGUGGCCGAAUCCAUUCUCUAUAUGACGCAUGCUCCAUUCGAUGAGUGCAUCAGACCUGCAGUGCUCGCGGGCACCCCUGAGUUCGAGGAAGUUCUCAGAGGCAUUCGUUUGUUCUUUAACUCGAAGAAGGCUGGAUCACUGGCAGAGACAACAUUCCACCACGGUGACGGAGAUGUUGCCAUCAAUGGGAACGUGCAGCGCAAAAUGAAUCCCAUUGACGAUAUAUAUCCCAGCUCUGAUUUGGUCAGCCAGUAUCCCAUGAUUGUCAAUAAGCAACUGAUUGUGGUGGCUUCCCUUAUCGACAAGCUGCCCAAUCUGGGCGGUCUGGCACGCACCUGUGAGGUGCUGGGUGUGCAAACCUUGGCAUUGGCCAACAAGGCUUUGACGACAAAGAGCGAUUUCACCAACUUAAGCAUGACUGCUGAGAAGACGCUGGACAUUAUCGAGCUGAGGCCCAGUUGGAUUGCUGAGUAUCUGAUGCAAAAACAAAUGGAGGGCUUUAGAGUUGUUGGCGCCGAGCAGACAGCUCACAGUAUAAGUUUCGCCAACUUUAGGUUCCCCAAAAAGUGCAUCCUGCUGUUGGGGCACGAGAAGCAUGGAAUACCAGCAGAUCUGAUUGGUUUCCUGGACUAUGCCGUGGAAAUACCCCAAUUUGGUGUGGUGCGAUCUCUGAAUGUCCAUGUAACAGGGUCCCUAUUUAUUUGGGAAUAUUGCAAGCAGCAUUUCUUUUAAAGAAGAAGAAUCCAGUUAAUGUCUAAAAAUGAUUUUUUUUUUGGUAGUGCCCGUUGCGACUUGACCCGUUGGCAAGUAAGCCUCAUAACCAUUUUAAAUGCUAUUUAAUUAUCA